UUUCCUCGGAUUAGCACGUGUUAGUUAAGUGGGGUUAAGAAUGUGUCAAAAGUUUGUUUAUAAACUUUAAUAUUCGCCAAAUCGACAAUUUAAACGAUGUCUCGACCUGAAUAUUUAGCACCGCCGGAGAUCUUCUAUAAUGAUGAUGAGGCCAGAAAAUAUACUUCAAAUUCGAGAAUUAUCGACAUUCAAGUUCAGAUGUCUGAAAGGGCCAUUGAAUUGUUGCUACUGCCUGAUGAACCCUGUUUCCUGCUGGAUGUGGGUUGUGGUUCAGGUUUGAGUGGCAGUGUGUUGGAGGAUCAGGGUCAUUUUUGGGUUGGCAUGGAUAUUUCUCCCUCCAUGUUGGAUGUUGCUGUAGAGAGAGAAGUUGAGGGUGAUCUAUUACUUUCAGACAUGGGGCAAGGUUGCCCAUUUAGAGCAGGCACUUUUGAUGGUGCCAUUAGUAUUUCAGCCAUACAAUGGUUGUGUAAUGCAGAUAAAUCAUCCCACAAACCAGUGCAAAGGUUGUACAAGUUUUUCAGCCUUUUGUAUGCUAGUUUGAGUAGAAGUGCAAGAGCAGUUCUUCAAUUUUAUCCAGAGAAUGCUGAUCAAAUGGAAUUGGUCACUUCACAAGCCAUGAAAGCUGGUUUUUAUGGAGGUGUUGUAGUUGAUUACCCUAAUUCUACAAAAGCUAAAAAGUACUUUUUGGUACUUAUGACUGGUGGCAACAUGCCUUUGCCCAAAGCUUUAGGAACUGGUGAAGAUGCAAAUGGUGUUUCAUACACGGCAAAACGUGAGAAACUGAAACAACAACGAGGCCAGUCCCUGAAAAAAGGCAGCAGAAGCUGGAUCUUAGAGAAAAAGGAGCGUCGUCGAAAACAAGGCAAAGAAGUGAGACAAGAUUCGAAAUAUACUGGACGGAAAAGAAGCGGAAGAUUUUAAACUUUGAUCUAUUUAUAUUUGAAUUUUGUAUAUACUUAAUAUAAACAUAUAAUUGUUGAAAACAA